AUUAUCCGAAAUCUCCGAUAACGCGGUGCGCGCUCCCGCUCGGCUCUGAAUGGGGACUCGGUCCAGCUUGUGACAGCUCCACCGAUAGUAUAAUCGUAGACGCCACGGUCCGCUCAUCCAGUCAGACCCGCUGCUUCCAGACACACCGGUAGUCAACGGCACUGCUCCUCCGGAAUGAGAAAUGAUGGCCGGCUCUGCAGCAGAGGAGAAAACCUUCCGACGGUUCCUGGAGCUCUUUCUUCGGGAGAUGAGAAUGCCUCUGCAGGACAGCGACCCGGUUCCGAUGCGCCCCUUGACGGACCUGGUGUCUGAGGACGAGGUGGAGGGGGAAUGCCUCGACCUGUGUCUCCAACACCUCUACAAAUAUAACUGCCCGUGCUCCCUGGCUGCAGCCCUGGCCAGAGCAACAGCAGACAGCGUUGUGAAGGCUGACCUCUCCAUCCACCACCUGAUUAAGGCUGUAGAAGAUGGAGCUGUCCCACUACCACAGAUGGAGUCUGUGAAGCUGGCACGGGUGGUGUUUAACAGACUGUUUGAGAUGUGCUGCCUCUGGCUGAAGGAGUUUCCCUUCCGCCGCCGCCCACAGCCAUACUAUGAAACUUCCAUCCACGCCAUCAAGAACAUGAGGCGUAAGAUGGAGGACAAGCAUGUCAUCAUCCCGGACUUCAACACACUCUUCAAUGUUCAGGAUCAGGAAGAACAGGCUUUCUUUGCCGUGUUUGACGGUCAUGGCGGUGUUGACGCUGCCAUUUAUGCUGCCAAUCACCUCCACGUCAACUUAGUUCGUCAGGAAUCUUUCAGCCAGGACCCCGGCGAGGCACUCUGCAGGGCCUUCAAACUCACCGACGAACGCUUUGUGAAGAAGGCCUCACGAGAGAACCUGCGUUGUGGCACAACAGGUGUGGUGACGUUCCUGCGGGGCCAGACGCUGUAUGUGGCCUGGCUGGGAGACUCCCAGGUCAUCCUGGUCAGGAGAGGACAGGUUGUGGAGCUGAUGAAACCACAUAAACCAGACAGAGAGGAUGAGAAGCAGAGGAUCGAGGCUCUGGGAGGCUGUGUAAUCUGGUUUGGCACAUGGAGGGUCAAUGGCAGUUUGUCUGUAUCCAGAGCAAUAGGGGACUCAGAGCACAAACCCUACAUCUGUGGUGAUGCAGACCAUAGUAUCUUCCCACUGGACGGUUCAGAAGACUACCUGAUUCUGGCCUGUGAUGGCUUCUGGGACACAGUGAGUCCAGAUGAGGCGGUGCGGGUAGUCAGCGACCACCUCCAGGAGAACACUGGAGACACCACCAUGGUGGCCCACAAGCUGGUGGCCUCUGCCCGUGAUGCAGGCUCUAGUGAUAAUAUCACUGUAAUAGUGGUCUUCUUGCGGGACCCACGCUCCCCGGCACCCACCAGCACUGAGGACGAGGAGGAGGGUGUGGUGGAGGGACAGGUGGAGGAGGAAGAGCCAGCCGAAGUGGAGGAGGAGGAACAGGAGGAGGAGGAGGAGGAAGACGAGGCAGUCAGGGCAGAGCGUGAUGGUGGAGAGGGAGGCAGCACUGCGGACAUCGGGGGGAAGGGUCGCGGAGGCUGGCCCCUGCAGCAGUGCUCGGCCCCCGCUGACCUCGGCUAUGAAGACCGAACGGACUCGUUCACAGACAGAACUAGCCUCAGCCUGCUGGGGCCAUCGCUGGAGGGCCGCAUCUCCCUGACCCAGGGCUCACGGCAGCCCUGCUCCGACUUUAGUCCUGACCUCUUCACAGCCUCCCGCAUCUACCAAGAAGAACGCCCACUGAGGCGCAGGUCCUGUAUCCCUUUUCAGGAGUCCAGCAUCUCUAGCUUCACGGACCCACUCUGGCCCCAGACAGCCAUGCUGUUGGGGCAGGCAGUGAGGCGAAGCCGCAGGCAUGGUUAUGGUAGUCGCUUAUGGAGCCGUAGGUGGCCAGGCAGAUCUAGGGAGCUGUUAGGCCUGUCACCAUCUGGCCACUUGCUGCCCUACACGCAGCGCUACUCCAAUCGAAAGCCUGGAGUGGCAGUGCCUCAACUGCCCUAUGAUGCCACCAUCUGAAGAGGUGACCCAAACCAAACCAUCUCCUUCAUUUAUUCAGCCCUGCUCCCUGCCCCUCAGCCCACCCAUCCCUCCACCCACCUCUGCCUUCAACAACACGUCUUUCUUUGAUAGUAGGUAGUUGUGGCUCCUGCAGUUGUUACGUGAUUAUUGAGUCUUUGUCGGAAGAGUGGUGCUCUCUGUCCUAAGCCGAAUUGUUUCCAAAUGUACGCUGGCCCACUGAGCACAAGCCCUGCUCCUAAAUGCUGUAGGUAAAUUGUUAAACUGCAUCCUCUCCAUCGAUGGAGAGGAUGUAGUUUCUAAUAUCUUAGAGGCUGCACCACUGCCUACUAAGUCUAUGAAAAGAACAGUUGGGGGCAAAUUAAGAUUCAAAAAUGUUUCAACUUGAGCAAAAAAUGUUCUACCUACAGUAUCUUGAGCUUUGUGACUCUACUUCUUGAACAAGGAUGAAUGAGGAAGUUUAGAGGCAAAUAACAGGAAGAACUGGAGUUGCAGGUAAAUUUUAUUAUCAAUCACCUGGACACUGAGUGGUCACAUAAAAUAGUGCUUCGUAGCUGGAGCCUAAGUCUGUAUUGGAACAAGAGCUCCUCAGUGCUAGGUUAGACAAAGGUUAAUUUGAAUUCAGUCUGAACACUUGUUAAAGUUUAAUUUGAAUGCUUGGUUGCUCCACACUCUCGGAAGUGUCUUGAGACAGAAAUGAUGUAUUUUGGAGAGGAGGGAAAAUUGGUUCCUUUCAAGUACAAGCAGAAAGAAAAAUUUGAUCUCACCACUUGCAGAAGCAAGAGUAUACACUUCUUGACCAGAAGUAACUACACCCAUAUGUGACAGCUGAGCAUGUCACUCCAAGAGCAUUAAUGAGCUGUUAUAACACCCCCCACUCUUCUUUGAAGGGUUUCUUCAAAGGUUUGGAACCUGGCAGCUGGGAUUUGCUCCCAUUCAGCCACAACCGCAUUAGCAAGGUCAGAAACUGAUGUUAGGUGAAACUAGCUGACAAAUACCAGAUUUUUGAGGGCAGCACCACAAUCAACUUGCUGAUGAACUGGUCAUGCUCUGGUUGAAAAAGGAAUAAGCCCAAACUGUUCCCACAAAGUUGAAAGGUCAACUCUUGUCUGAAGUAUGAGUGUAGACGUAUAGUAGCAUUAAGUUUACCCUUCAUUGGAAGGGUAGCACACAAAACAAAUUUGUGUAUCAUCUCUUAAAAUGACCCAUCUGCACACAUUUUUCUGCAUAUAAGAGGAAGGACGGCCCUUUAGACAUACCAGCAAUGUGAAAGAGGUUGACUGUGUUAUCAUUCAGCUUUAUUAUUUCUCUUUCCUUCUAUUUUAUGUUGCCAAGGUGUAACUGCAGGGUGAGGUGACACAUACCAUCUUUGGUCUUAAGACAGCUGACAAGAAUGUCAAGCGACUGAGCAUUAUAUUAAGCUCUAAUGGCGCAGCUUGCCUCAUUGUUCUCUCAGCAAUGCUUAGGUGGCAGAUGAAUAAAGUUCAUAGACAAGGCUGGAAAAAUUGUUGCUCCUGGUUUCUGAAGGCACAUGAUGUUCUGCCCCCUCACAUAAAGUCAAUGACCCAGCCAUUAUCCAGCAACAAUUUGUCUACAGAUAAAAGCACUUAACACCGGAUUAUAAAAGAUUAGCAGUCACUUACCUGAAUAAAUGCUUUAUGUAGUCCAGCAUUCCAGAUGGGGAUAUACUCCUGGGAUAAUGGGUUUCUUGGGGAGGGGUAUUUACAAAUAUAUUUUUGUUAUAGUUGCUGUUGAGCCACAUAGUUAUUGCAAGUGUUUCAAGUGUAUUUACCUUCACACAAAACCCACUGAACAGAAGUAUUUCCUACAGGCUUGAUAAAUGCACAACCGUUUAAUGUCACACCAGGUUCGCUGAACGCUGCAGAACAAAUGCUUCCCCUUACACACAUAUUCACUAAUUAUUCAAUUUAUGUGUUAAUAUCACCAUUAAGGACAAGUCUGGCUUGUGCGAUCAAAUGGAAUAGUGUGACAUUUUGGGAAAUAUACUUAAUCGCUUUCUUGAUGAUUUAUGCCAAGCUAAACCAAUCAUCUGCCGGCUGUGGCUUCUUUAGUAUACAGACAUGAGAAAGUUUGUACAGUAUUUAUCUUCUCAUCAAGAAAGUGAAUAAGCACGUUUCUCAAAAAGUCCUUUAAGAUUCAUAGUCCUUUGAAUAGCAUGAAGAGAAUCUACCCAUUUUUGGGCAGGCUCUCAGUAGCCUGAUGUAAAAGAGCAGAGUAUUCUAUCUUUAAAUAAAGUUGUGGUGUUAACAGCUGCACAGCAACAAUACUACAUAGCAAACACCCCAGUCAUCACCAACUCCAAGACAUCUCCCACUGUCAGAGUAAUCCACUGAGGCUGGCUCCCAUGGCCCAACAGCGCCUUUAUAAUUGGAUCUUUCUCUGAUGUGAUCUAGAUUCUACAAUGGAGUGCCCCCUCUCUGCUGUCUAACACACUGCUGACAGUGCUGCACUUCAGUUAUGUUAGCAAGUCAUAGCAAACUCAGUCUUUAUGCCAGCUUUCAUAAGACUGCACUCUCCUGCAACACCUGACUAAGAUAUAAGAAAACGUUUUCCACUGAUUUUCAUUGGUUUUGAUAAAUCCAACACCAAAUAAGGUAGUCCAUCUAUAGGGUUCGUCUUUAAUGCUAAUUUAUAAUCAUUAUUAACAAACAACUAUGUAAUCAUCAAAUAAUAACCUUCUUACUGACUUAUAUGAUGAUACUAUCAUGAAAAGUUCCAUAUAAGAUUCAUAUCAAUGUCUAAGGGCUGAUGGCACCCAUACAUAGUUCACUUGGUGACACUGAUCUAUGGAACAACGUCUGUCACUUUGCAUUAUAUGUGUAACUUUCCCUCAAAUACACCCUAUAGCAUUACUGUGUCUAACCAUACUCAAUAACUAACUAUCCCACAAAUAACCAUGAAACUUUAAUGAAAAUCAACCGUGAGCCACAUUAAAUUCAUAACUUUCAAAGUAUCAAAAUGUUCCUAUUCACAUUAAUACACUUAAAAUCCUUUUGUUCCCUCUCAUACUGUAAUAUUUUCCAUGUGUUGUUGGAGCAAUUGACAUUCGCUAAGCCCCACCCCCCUUAGUUACUCUUGCUACACCUUUCUGGCUUUUUGUUGUACCACUCCAGAUUCCUGGUAAUUUUUGAAAAAAUGGAUCCUCGAUUCACACAGAAGUUGACAAAAGCGGCUUCUCGUUUCUGGACAGCAACUGUUGAUUUUCGCAGCUGAAAUGACAACCGAUUUUAAUCAUAUCUAGCUAGCUGAUACUUGUAAUCUUCCCGAGUUGGCUGUAAACACAUUUUGAAAAAAAAAUGCUGUUAAAGGAUUUUAAAUAUUCUACGUACAAGAUAUUAUGCUAAAAGACGGAGGCUAAAGCUACAAGGUAGCAUCCUCGCCAUCUGAUAAUCCAUGUAGAAGACAUAGAGGUAAUGGAGCAGUACUGCUCUUGCACAAAGGGCAGCGCUAGCUAACCCCAGUGUUACAUACUUUACAGUACGACAAUGGAAAAUGGAAAAUCAUUAUUUCCCUCUGUCAUAACCAUCCUUGGAUUCUUAGCUUGUGGAAAAACAUACUUGGACAAACAACAAAGCGGUUAUGAGAGUCCCAAGACAAAAGGCUUUGAGGAUGAGGACUAACUGACAGGCAAAUGUAAUGCUAUCUCAGGUAAAGAUUGUGCUGAGGUUACUGGAGCUGAUAAUGUUACACUAAACAUGAUAUUUAACAUUUACAGCUUAUGCUACAGCAGACAAACACACACAUCUUGUGUUUAUGGGUUUGGAAAGGCUAACAAAUACAUGGUCGAUGUUCUUUGCCGUGCCUAGUUGCGGUUUCUAAACAAUGAUUGGACAGUCGCUGUUCAGGGGUGGGGUUUACUGAAGUUUCAUUUGGAUGCAUUAACUUUUCCCAGACAUUCCCUAACAUUGUCAUACCACAUUCUUUGGUUGAUGCAGUGAUUUUCUAAAUGUCAGGAUGUACGUGAUAACCAGGUUCUGUCAAUCACUCCUCCACUUUCCUGGCCCAGUCACUGGUUGAUGAAGCACCCAGCAGGUGUGAUAUCAAAACAGGUGAUUUAUCCGACAACUGCUGGUUUGUCAUCUUUGACACAGAGGGCCAUCACCUCCUCUUUCAGUCUUGCUGGUAGACUCACCUCGGAGUCUCCUGUAACCAUCCUGUGGACUGACAAGUGAAGAGCAUCAAACUGUCAGUGGAGCAGAAUGUACCUCAUGUCCCAGAACGUCCUCAGAGACUCUGUGAAGUAAGUUGACAUGACGUGGUGUUUUUGUUUUUGUUUUUUUGGGGUUUUUUUUUUUUUUUGGAGGGGGUGGGCUGUUCUUUUUUGGGGGGCAUCUAGCUAUGAGGAAUGUACUGUCAAGACACUCAACUCAACAAACUAAAGCCACUGGAUCCCUUUGUGGAAGUAUCACUACAGUCAUUGUCUCUAGAAGCAUUGGUUGAUACCCAAAGAAGAUGGGAGAAGUACCGGAAACCAAUGGAAAUCACAGUCAUUUUACCUAUUCACUUGGGCAUGGAUGUGUAUGUAUUUUAUGAGUACUAAUUGUGAGUUGAGUGAGUGCUGGAGGAGUGUACAUAUAAUAAUUCUGUCUUGUAAAUCAAUGGUUUUAAUCCAUGUUCCAUGAGGCCCGACAGAUGGCUCAGAUAUUGACUUUAAACAGUAAGAUGUUGGAUUGUCACAAUCUCCUACCGCCAGACUGAGGUGGAGGUGAGGAUGUGAUGCUGUUGAAUACUUGAGGGGCAUCAGUCUGUAAACUCAGCCUCUGCCUUCAAGAGCUGCUAAAGUAUAUAAAGGUGUUGAACCGGUUUGGCUUUCACUGGAGAGUUAUAGUCCUAUCGUGGCCUAGCUGCUGUUUCACCCUGCUCUCUCACCCUGACAUGAAUUAAAAAUCUCGGGAAAACAUACUUAAAGAUGUUAAUUAUUGGCUUAAAAUACUAUAUAUCCAUUCUGCAGCUUUGAGUUCUUUUUUUUUUUUUAUCAGUAUCAGCCUUAAAAAACAUCUUGCCAAUCAGAUUAUAUCAGUAGUUUGUAGGUUUUUAUUCCAACUCUGCAGGUGUUAGAUGACUAGUAAAGGUUGAUUAGAGAUGAGGAACAUGUGAGUAAACUGAGCUGCUGUGGAGUUUGGGCCUCACUUACAGCUACUGUCUUACAAGUUGUUUAGAUCGCAGAUUAGAUCUUUUACACAGAUCACACAGGGCAGUAAACCGUAGAGAAGCAGAGGUGCCACCAUGAGACAAAAUGGUUUUCUUAGGAUCUUGUUAUAAUGACAAAGAUUUCUAUUUCAACUGACAUCUGCUGAGUCUUUACGUUGCAGAAAUUAAUUAAAGGACAGACAUUUGUCAGGUAAAAAUUUGUUCCAAUUAGUCUUUAUCUACUUUAUGCACAUCUGAGUUAAAUCAAAGAUGUUCUGAUGAAUUCAAAGGUGCACCACCCUCGCUUUCAUUCAUUCUUCACCAAAGCAAAACAAAAAAAACAAAAAAAACAGCAGUAGUCGCUCAGACGCUUAAACCAACCUAUAGAUCGCUAUUUUCUAGACUGGCGACCUCCUGUGGUCAUGUGAAUUGUCUCUGAGAAGCAAAGGCUAAAGUAGUAUGAUGUUAUUAUAGCGCCAUAAAACCUCAGAGAGAGGUGGAGGUGGAUGGUUUAGAGUCAGAAAUUGACACCCGAGACCAUCGUCUACUACUGACAGUUUGACUGACAAACAAUAUAUUUUCAUGUUUAGGUUGGACUUAAAGCUCUGUAUUUCUUCUCUAAGUGCUGCAUCCUUUACAAGGGAUCAUUCUGUGAAUAGCUGGGGUUCAUUCAUUUCAAUAAACAAUCUAGUAAAAGUUUGAUCAUUUCAGUAGUAGUAUAUUAAAAAUAAAAUGGUUGCUUCUGUACAAAAACUCAGCAGUCAUACAGUCAUAGUUCUGGAUAGAGAUGGAUUUAGUGUUUACAUGUUAAAAAUUAUUUGGUGAAUUAAUUAUGGUGACAGAACACCAAGUCUGGUUAUUGUGUUUCUAGAACAAAAAAAAAAAAAUCUGGUACAACCUUAUUAUUGUCCUAGUACAGGCCAUCCUUUUCUGUUUAAUUGCUGACAUCUGGCAACACAGUGAAGUGCUCACAGUAAUUUAUUUUUACAGUAUAGAGGUGAAAACACCACUUUUAUGUUUUCUCUUCAUAAUGACAAAACUACAAAGACCCCGAAGUCCCGAAAGAUGUGCACAAGUUAUCUUGUGCAAAAAAGGUGGCACAAUGGUGAUAACAUGCUCACAUUGACAAUGCUGAUGUUCAGCAGGUAUAAUGUUUACCAUGGUGUUCAUCUUAGUUUGGAGUGUUAGCAUGCUAACAUACACUAAUUAGCACUAUGAUGGAGAUGUUAUCAUUUUACAAGUAUUUAGGCGUAAGCCAAGUCAUGGUCAAAUAAAAAUGUUGACCUGAUGAUGGCAGUUAUCACAGUUCAUAUCCUGAAGGUAUCACGAGUGUCUGCACCACAUUCACUUAUUACAGGAUAAGUGACAGUUUGACCCGGUAGUGGAGGUAGAUUGAAAGGUCAUGGGGUCACCAAAAUAAUUACAAAUCAUCCUCUUAAGACCAUGAAUAUCUGCACCAAGUUUCAUGGCAAUCCAUCCAAUGUUUGUCAAGAGAUUUCGCUAUAAAACCAAAACUUGUAAACAUCCUGCUGGCACUAGAGAAUAAGUCAGGAAAUCUUAGUUGUCUUUUUCCUCUGGUGACUAUAUGUCUGUACCAGAUUUCAUGGCAAUGCAUACAAGAAUUUUUGAGAUAUUUUAGUCGAGACCAAAGUGGUGGACAGACUGACAGACAUUGCCAUUGACAGACCACAGAGCUAGUGUAGCUAAAAAAUAUCUUUAAGCACUUCGGGCGCUCUGUACAAGACUUCUCAUAUUAUAACAAGAUUCAUUUCUUCUUACAAUGAGAUGCUUUGUCAUGAUAACUCUUGGUCUUUUGUCAUUAUUACAAGAUCUUUUUUUUUUUUUCUUGUUGUAACAGUAAGAUGAUUUCAUUCUAGCGAAAUACAUUUCUGAUUUGUUGUAUUUUUUGUAACUGGUGGCAGUUCUGUGCUGCCAUGGAAAACUGCUCUGUAUGGACCGAUUCGCUGAGGCAUGUUGUACUUGUGGCCACGUCUCAGAGCAGCUGUGCAGUGCAGCAGUAGUUUUCUGUCCCCCUGCCAUUCGCUGCUGUUUUUUCAAAUCACAAAUGUGGUUUCACAGCAGGUCUUUAGUGUUGCUGUGAAGCUCAGUGCCGCACUCUCUGCGCUCCUAAAGGUGAGAUGUACCACAACAGUGCUCAGUGACAAGGAUCCAUGGGUUGCAUUCACCAAAACCUUCACCCAAAGCCUGUGAGUUAGUUAUACACUGUUAGUCGUCAUAUUGAAAAUUGCCAGAAGUUGUCACUGUAUGAGCAAUAAAAACGUUCCCCAUCAUCCCUUGUGGUAAAUCCUCUACCUAAGCUCGAGAAACCCUCACUCGCUCACGCUCUGCUGCCUGCACUAAAGGUUCCUCUGAGUCGGAUGUUUCCCUGCCCUGAUGAUGAAAGCAAGCAGAAGUUCAGCUCUGCUCUCCCAUAAUCUGUGUCUAACAAUAGGGCCCUCCAUGAAUCUGCACUGUGUGUCUAUGUACACAAAAAAGCUUUUUCUUUCUCUCUGUAAGCAAUAAUGACGUUGCAUUAAAAGGCUCUCUGGGGGUUUGUCUUCUGCUGAAGGAUGCAACAAAAUGUAGUUCUGUCAGCCAUACUUGAAAGGUCACAGAGCAUAAAUGCUGAGUUCAUGAAGGCAAUUUCCCAUUCAUUUUUCCCAUAGAGAAUAGGAUUAUGAAUCAUAACUUUCUGCCUGUGGUAAGGUUCACUUAACACACUCCUACACUUUCUACAAGAAGUGAUUUCACCUUCUCCUUGUGAAAUAUGACAUUUCUCUAGAACACAUCACCAAGUCUGUGACCAGCUAGUUUUUGAGUUUAAAAGCUAAGCUUAAAUGAUUUGCACGACCAUGGAAAAAUGAAUGUGAAGCUUUCCUCUUCAAAAAGGAGCGGUGAUACAUGAGGCAGGACAUUUCAGUUGUAUUGGCAUUCCUCAGCAGUUUGGACAUCGGUGUACAUUUGAAAAGACUGCCUCUAUGCAAUCUGUUCAAAUUUAGACCAGUGGUCAAUAUGGAUGAAGGGGAUAUGAUCACUGAGGACUGUGAUUGGUUCAAGCCAGCAGCCCUCUCCUUCUUGUCCUCCGGGCUUGAAGACAAACCCCAUGAUUGGCUCUUAUUCAACAUGCAGGAUAGGUUUAAAAAAACAAAACAAAAAAAAACAGUAAAACACACGUUGAGUACCUGUAUUAUCUGUGUUCCUGUAGUAUAUAUUAAUAUGUGUAUUGUAACUGGUGACUAAUUAUCAUGUAUAUAAAGAUUAGACCAAG